AUGGCGCCCAAGAGAGAAUGGCCGCUGGUGAGGCGCCACGACCACGAGGCGGGCUCGUCCUUCGGAGCCCGCAAUCGACGCCCCCCCGUGCUUCCUCCUCCUCCCCGUUCCCUUUCUCCUCCGAUGGCAUUCUGCAUCACCCCGCUGCCCUGCUGGGAGCGUCGGCAAUACGUCGACGUCCGGCUGGCGGAGCACUUCUGGGAGCACGGCAUCCCGAUGCCGUCGUCCGACGUGCACCUGCCCCACAGAGGGCACCUGAGCCCCGACAGGGUUCCGAUGCCCCCUGUCCCGCCAACGGGGCGAGCUCGCCGGAUGGAGAUCAAGCGCCGCCACCAACACCUCCCGGAGGACCUCAUCAACGACCCCGACUACGCGGAGGAGUCCCCCUAUUGGGAUGCCUAG